GUGGUGAUGCGCCAACCAGCACCGCCUCCAUCCAUCACCCAGCGCCACCACUACUCCUCCUACCUCCAGUGCCUACAUCCACCACACCAGCCGCUCCCUCACGCGCCGCAUCAGACACUCCGGCGCGAGUGUCUGGUCACCCGCGUGAGUGCGCCACCCAACUCCUUCGCCUCGGAUCCAUCUCGCAGACCACCAGUGUGCCACCACCAUCGCCAACUCCCUCUUCCUUCUUCUGCUCUCUGCCUGCUGCUGCUUCUUCCCACGCCCCUGCUGCUGCUUGCUCUCUCAAUCUCUGCUACUACUUCUCCUUCCCUCCGCUGCUUGCUGCUUCUCCCUCUUCUUCAACCUACUGCUGCUUGCCCUCAACCCUCUCUGCUGCUUCUCUCACCCGGAUGCCACUGCUGCUACCUGUUCCUAAGCUCGCCUGCUGCUGCUGCUGUUCUUCUUCUUAUCUCCAAGUCACUGCUGAUCCUUCCCACGCCCAAGUUGCUGCUCCUCUCUCUUGCAACACCUAUUGCUGUUCUUCUUCUUCUCCUAACCUGCUGUUCUUCUUCUUCUCCUAACCUUGCUGCUGUACUUUUCUGAACCAUCUUGCUACUGUUAUUCCCUCUCUUGAUCUCAAAUUUCUGUAAUUUUGAGAAGUUUAUUGUUCAGUACUUUGUAAUAUUCAGCAUUGAGAUGUUUAGUACAAGUAAUAUUCAAAUUUGAUAAAAGCUUGCAACCUGACAAUUGUUCAGUUUCGUACUUGUAAAAUAUAGUGCAUUUUAUUAUGUGCUCUGACUAGUUAAUGUCCAGUUGUUUGGAUAAUACUUAGUAUGUGUGAUAUGCUCUGUGAUAUAGUAAUUUUCUAGUAUAUGUGUGUGUGAUCCCCUAUGUGUAUUUUUCUUGACAUCUACUGUAACCUGUCUGUACUAGUAACUUUGCUAUAGUCUAAUUGAUGUUCAGUUGUUAGUCUUUGUGCUAGCUAUGUACCAGUGGCAUUUAUGCUUGUGAUUUUCCAGUGAACUUGUUUAAUUUCAGUUCAUAUGUUAGCUCAAGUACCUUUGCUAUAUAAAUAUAUGUGUGUGUGCUUGUGAUUUAAAUAAUCUGUUUUCUGUCCAGUAAUUUUGUUUCUUCCCUCUUUCAUACGCUUGCUAGAUAUAUAUGGUCAUGUCUUUUGACUUCCCUUGUCACUGAUGUUAGCCUUUCAGUUUCUAUAAUAAUAUGAAAAUACCAAAAAGACAAAGUGAAGAUAAUCUUCAUCCCCCUUUGUUUCUGUGUCAUUUCUUUUGUUGAUAUCCUUGUUAGUGUUAGGUUUAUUUUCUGUUUUCAUCAUUCAAUUGGGUCACCUAGCUUUAGUCGAACGUAGUUGCCGUCGCCUAGUCCCUGUGGAGAACACGACAUCCGUAGCUUUGGGCGUAAAAACCCCACUAUACUUUCAAUUGAUCAUUUUGGCGCCGUUGCCGGGGACUAGCGUCGAGUGACCGUGUUAGGCUAUAGACUAGGUUUAUUUUAGUUCCGUGUUUAAUUCGUCGUGUAUUUCAUUUUCUGUGUUUCUUUUAUAUUUUUUUCCUUGCUGUUGCUUCGGCUUAUUAGGAUACUAACAUUCUGACUAGUAUUUACUGUUUAUGAGUGUGCGUAGGAAAUCUGAACUAUUUACAGGUUGAUUGAUAGUUACACUUGGUGGAGAUAUGGCGAUUCUUCGUGAUGUUUGGAUGCCAAGCAGCCAAUGCUAUUUCACAGGGCCACUUUGGCCGUCUUUUGAGGCGGAAAAUUUUGAGCUAAAGCCUGGUCUUAUUGCUUUGGUUCAACAUCAUCAGUUUGGAGGGUUGCCUAAUGAAGAUCCUUAUGAGCACUUGCUCCGAGUCAUGGAGUAUUCAGAUACAGUAAAGUACCAUGGAGUUCCUCAAGAUGCUAUCAAGUGCAUGCUGUUCACAUUCUCUCUCCGAGAUGAUGCUCGUGCUUGGUAUCGAUCCUUGCCAUCAAGAUCAUUCGGUUGGAAUGAGAUAUCACGAGCUUUCUUGGAUAAAUAUUUCCCACUACACAAGCAGUCCGCAAUUCGAGAUGAAAUCUUCAAUUUCGUUCAGCGUGAAGGCAAGAGCUUGUAUGAUGCUUUGGAGAGAUACAUAGCCUUAUUCAGGAGAUGUCCUAAUCAUGGGCUCGAGAGAUGGUUAGAGCUGCAGAUAUUUUAUAGAGGAUUGACUUUGGACACUCGAGCUUACGUCGAUAUGGCAGCGGGUGGAGCUAUUACAAACAAGACACUUGAUGAAGCUUUUCUGCUGAUUGAGAGCAUAGCUUUCCACCAACUUCAGUGGUACAAUAAGAAGCCCACGUCUGAUUCAUUGGUUUGCUUGCAACAAAUCACUACACCUCAGCCACCAAUUCUUACACAGAAGCCUGAACCUCUAUCUCAGUGUGACAAGAUUGAGCUUGCAUGGAUUAUCUUUGACGAUGAUGACACCAUUCUAGUUGACACACACGCUACAGAUCAUAUGGAUACUAGUGUUGGAGAUUCAGUUUUGCAUUGUGAUGAUUCUUCCAUGGAUGAGCCAGAGCUGCAGUUAGUUGUUUUUGAUAUUGAGGAGUCACCUUUAGUUGAUAUUGAUCAUGUGCUGCUAGAGCCAGACAUGGAGAAGUUCACCUUCGAUGAUGUUAGCCGCAUUGCUUCCUCAACACUUGAGCCUGAGAUGGAGAGCUUCAUGGUUGAGUAUGGUGAGGUGGAUUCAGAUGUCAAGGAGCCAAGCUCUACUAUUUCACUUGUUGACACGAGUCCGGUUGAAAUUUCUACUACCACACCUCACUUGGUAUCUUCAAUUGAGGUAGUCCUGAAGCUUCUUCCUAACUAUCUCAGGUUGAUGCUUGUGUACCAUUUACUGCGAGUUAACCGAGUUCGAGAUGACAUUCCCUGGGAUCCUGGUGGAUUCACGGCAUGGUGAUGAGGAGAAGCAAUGGGCACACGCGAAGAAGAGUGAAGCUGGAGCAGGCAUGGGGAUAGAGAAGCAAAAAGAGAAGAGCUGCAGUUUAGAGAGCGUUGAGCGAGUGCUACUUCCUAUAUAAACCCGGUGAGCUGUUUCAUGUCCCCAGUCUGAAUAUAUCAUCCAUUGAUACAUGCUGAAAUCAAUUGCUAUUUGGGUUGCUUGAGCCAUUUCUUAAACGUUGUCCCACUGAAUUUUACCUUUGACAUAUGGUGCUUGAUGUGAAUAUGUAAACCGAUUUGUGGAUGCCUUGUAAACUAGUGAUCUACAUACUGCUUGCUUUGCUGAAAUUAGUGAAAGUUAUUAGUUUUGAGUGCUCAAAUCCCUAGUACACUAGAAAACUUCAUCAUUUUCUGCAUUCACUUUGAUACACCUAGAUCAUCAAUUGUUAGAUGCUGAUUUUGUGCCAAGUGUGUUCCCCUUCAGAGCAAUCAUUCACCACUAUGGACUAGCAUACUAUGUUCCCUGGAUCGGUAGUAUGUGAACCAGACCUGGAUGAGUGAUGAUUCUUGUUUCCUUUUUGUAUUCAUUUGUUAAAAAGGUAAUAAUGAAUAAAUAAGUCUGACUACCUACAGUAGCAUGUCAUGUUCCCUGGAUCGGUGGCAUGUGAAAUCGGGUUAGCUUGGGCAGUAAUUAAUAAUAAAAAUGUAAUUGUCGAACCAGAUGUAUACCAUGUUCUCGGGAUCGGUGGUAUGUUCCUUUGGAGAGACAAACAAAAAAAACUAAUAAUUGGUCAAGCCAGGUGUAUACCAUGUUCUCGGGAUCGGUGGUAUGUUCUUUUGGUGAGAUCGAUAAAAUAUUAUCAUUACUUCCUUCAAAUUCAAUAAGUGCUUCAACCAUAAUGUUAUGUUCCGGGUAAUAAGUUUUUUUUGGGAUCAUGCUCUCUUUAGGAACCCUUUGGCACAAUCAGCAUUUGAACUUGUUGAUCCACUUCUAUCUUUGUAAAAGUUUAAAAUGAUUGAGUUUACUAGUGUCCUAUUGAUAUGUAGCACUGUUAACCAUUAAUUUUCACUAGCCAAGUCCAAAGCAUGCACUGUUUAGAGAUCUACUUCACUUGACAUUUUCUAGUCAGUUCACUGUUCAUGUUCUUGCUCUUGUCAUAUGCCUUUGCUUGAGGACAAGCAAAGAUUUAAGUGUGGGGGAACUUGAUAAGUAUAUUUCACAUUUAUAAUUUUGGUACUCAAAUGUAGCAUCUAUCGUGUUAUAUUCGUCCAUUCUUGCCAUGAUUGAUUGAAUAUUGCUUGAUAAUCAUAAAAAAGGAUCAUUUACUAGUCUUUUGGUCUAUCUUGCAGAAAUGUGCGCAAAGGCACCAAUAAUCGUCAAGAUUCUGUCUAGGUGGUUAUCGAAGAGUGAAGAAAAGAAGAGAAGGAAGAAGAGACUUGUGUGAGAUGAAAAGAAGUAACCAGGGGGCUAGCUAAAGAAGUGAGAGGACCUUCUUGUGAAGAAAGAAGAGAAGGAGGAGGGCUAAUGUGUAAAGUUUGCAGAUCAGGGAGGGGAUCAAAAUCCCUAGAUCGCCUCCAUUCCCCAUCGGGCCUGGCACAUCUCAUCUCUCUCCCUCUUCCCUUCUUCUCCACCACCGGCCGCCGCCACGGCCAGGCCGGCGUGGUGGUGCGCCAACCAGCACCGCCUCCAUCCAUCACCCAGCGCCAACCAGCACCGCCUCCAUCCAUCACCCAACGCCACCACUACUCCUCCUACCUCCAGUGCCUACAUCCACCACACCAGCCGCUCCCUCACGCGCCGCAUCAGACACUCCGGCGCGAGUGUCUGGUCACCCGCGUGAGUGCGCCACCCAACUCCUUCGCCUCGGAUCCAUCUCGCAGACCACCAGUGUGCCACCACCAUCGCCAACUCCCUCUUCCUUCUUCUGCUCUCUGCCUGCUGCUGCUUCUUCCCACGCCCCUGCUGCUGCUUGCUCUCUCAAUCUCUGCUACUACUUCUCCUUCCCUCCGCUGCUUGCUGCUUCUCCCUCUUCUUCAACCUACUGCUGCUUGCCCUCAACCCUCUCUGCUGCUUCUCUCACCCGGAUGCCACUGCUGCUACCUGUUCCUAAGCUCGCCUGCUGCUGCUGCUGUUCUUCUUCUUAUCUCCAAGUCACUGCUGAUCCUUCCCACGCCCAAGUUGCUGCUCCUCUCUCUUGCAACACCUAUUGCUGUUCUUCUUCUUCUCCUAACCUGCUGUUCUUCUUCUUCUCCUAACCUUGCUGCUGUACUUUUCUGAACCAUCUUGCUACUGUUAUUCCCUCUCUUGAUCUCAAAUUUCUGUAAUUUUGAGAAGUUUAUUGUUCAGUACUUUGUAAUAUUCAGCAUUGAGAUGUUUAGUACAAGUAAUAUUCAAAUUUGAUAAAAGCUUGCAACCUGACAAUUGUUCAGUUUCGUACUUGUAAAAUAUAGUGCAUUUUAUUAUGUGCUCUGACUAGUUAAUGUCCAGUUGUUUGGAUAAUACUUAGUAUGUGUGAUAUGCUCUGUGAUAUAGUAAUUUUCUAGUAUAUGUGUGUGUGAUCCCCUAUGUGUAUGUUUCUUGACAUCUACUGUAACCUGUCUGUACUAGUAACUUUGCUAUAGUCUAAUUGAUGUUCAGUUGUUAGUCUUUGUGCUAGCUAUGUACCAGUGGCAUUUAUGCUUGUGAUUUUCCAGUGAACUUGUUUAAUUUCAGUUCAUAUGUUAGCUCAAGUACCUUUGCUAUAUAAAUAUAUGUGUGUGUGCUUGUGAUUUAAAUAAUCUGUUUUCUGUCCAGUAAUUUUGUUUCUUCCCUCUUUCAUACGCUUGCUAGAUAUAUAUGGUCAUGUCUUUUGACUUCCCUUGUCACUGAUGUUAGCCUUUCAGUUUCUAUAAUAAUAUGAAAAUA